ACUGUAUAUUUCUUUGUACUUCUUUACUUUUUUUUUUCAUUGUAGCUGACGAAGCUAAGUAUAGACGUUGGUUAAGAAAACUAUAUCUUGAUUAUAAGAAAUCAAAAUCAACAGCACUUCCGGGUUAUUUUGUUAGAGCUGUUCAGGCUAAACACAGGCGGAAGUUAAGAAAACUAUACCUUGAUAGUAAGAGAUCAAGGAUUAGUAGAAAUUUGAUUUGUAAAAGUGGAUGUUCAACGUCUUCAUCAUCAACACGAUUUAAUUUGAAUAACAAAGAGAAUUUAACUCCCAAUUUUUCAAUCCCAACAUUUCCUACCCAAUCAUCAACUGUUAUACCGACAAGUAAUCAUUUAAAUUCCUCCGUUAAUGUAAGAUCUUCCAAUAUUACACCUUCUACAAUGAAGAAGAAAGGAAAUGUACUACAAGAUCAGUAUACAACACCCAACCGUACACCGUUUGCAAAUGUAGAAAACAUACCACAAGGAAAUAAUUGUAAUUCUUCGAGAAAUGUAGCUUAUUCAUCUGGGGCAUUUUCAAGUCAGAAUAUAAUGACAAAUGUUUUGCAAGAUUCUUCUACACCAGUACGAUGUAUCAUGAGGGCAAACAAGGAAAACAUAACACCACUGUCUUGUAUUACAAACAUACGUUCGCAAGUUCCGAGUGUACCAUAGUCUUCUUUGAAUCCUAUAUCACAUGAUAAUAUUGCAAGCUCAUCAACUUUACCAUUGAAUGACUGCUACUCUCUUAAUCCCCUAAUAACCAAUAAACGUAACACAAGAUGUUCGACCUCCGAAGUUAGCUCGCUAAAUAAGAUGUCUUCUGGAAAGCGUAGACUUAUUCAUAAACCAAUUAAAAUAGAACCCAUACCAAUGGCUGCUCUUGAUUUUGAAGAUGAAAAUCAUAUUCACGAGGUUGUUGUAGACGCCACCAAAGGCGUAUCCAAAGAUUACGUUGACCAUGGUGACCAAACUCUUACGUGUGGUUUAUGCUUUGCAAAGUUAUGGUCAACCGAAGGUGGAAAGGGUCGCAUUACACUUCAAAAGCAAACAUAUAGCUUAUGUUGUGGAUAUGGUAAAGUUGACUUGCCUAAAUAUAAAGAUUCUCAUCCAUCUUAUCAGAUGCUUUUUCGCUCUUUAGAUCAAGAAAGCAAGUUUUUCUUAAAGAACAUAAGACGUUACAAUUCUAUGUUUUCCUUUACUUCAAUGGAAGGAAAAGUAGAUACUAAAAUAAACAAAGGUAAUGCUCCAUAUGUUUAUAGAAUCAGUGGUCAGAAUGCACAUAGUAUGGGUAGUCUUCUUCCUAAGUACGGAGCCCAGCCAAAAUUCUCACAACUUUAUAUCUAUGAUAUUGAGAAUGAGCUUGCUAAUAGAGAGUUGUUAUUUGGUGAUUCUUCAAGCAAAGCAUCUUUAAGGGCAAAGGAACUUGAUGUUAAAUUUAUAAAGUUUCUUACCAACAUGUUAGAUUCUACAAAUAUGUUGGUAAAAACUUACAGAAUGGUACGAGACCACCUCCAUGAGAAUCCUAAUGUUUCCCUUAGGCUACGGAUAAUCUCACAGAGAGAUCGUGACGGAAGGACAUACAAUUUACCUACGUGUUCUGAAGUUGCUGCUUUAAUAGUUGAUGAAACUGAUCUCAAGAUAGAAAGUCGUGAUAUUAUUGUCGAAAAGCGUUCAGGAGUCCUUAAGCGUAUUAGCGAGUUACAUCCUUCUUACCUUGCUCUCCAGUAUCCAAUUCUUUUUCCGUACGGAGACGAUGGCUAUAGGAUUAAUAUUCCUCAUAGGGAUUUUGGUCCUAACACAAAGAAGACAAGACCAACUUGUACUAUGAGGGAAUUUUUUUCUUAUAGAAUUCAGGAUAGGCAUAACAAGUUUUCUCUAAUUCUUAAUGCACGAAGGUUGUUUCAGCAGUUUUUAGUCGAUGCCUACACAAUGAUUGAAAGUGAGAGGCUAAACUUCAUACGUUUUCAGCAAAUCAAACUGAGAUCUGACUCGCUUAACAGUCUUAAAAAUGUUCAAGAGGUUGGUCAGAGUGAUUUGAGUCAUACAGGACAACCUGUUAUAUUACCGUCAUCGUUUACUAGUGGUUCUCGAUACAUGAUGCAAAACUAUUUGGAUGCUAUGGCGUUAUGUCGGAGUUAUGGGUAUCCUGAUUUCUUUAUCACAAUCACAUGUAAUCCGAAAUGGCCUGAAAUUGUAAGAUUUAUUGGUGACUCAUCAAUUAAGCCAGAAGACAGACCUGACAUACUUUGUCGACUGUUUAAGAUGAAACUUGACGAAUUGAUAAAUGAUUUGAAGCAAAAGAAAAUAUUUGGCGAUAUUAAUGCAGUUGUUUACACAGUUGAGUUUCAAAAGCGUGGUUUACCACAUGCGCAUAUUUGCUUAUUUAUGAAAGCUGAUCAUAAGCUUCCUACGGUUGAACACAUUGAUCCAUUUAUCUCAGCUGAAAUUCCUGAUAAAAACGAGGAUCCUGAAUUGUAUUCUCUUGUGAGUGACUUUAUGAUUCUUGGUCCUUGCAGACAUGCCAACAUGAAAUGUCCAUGCAUGGUUGGGAACCGUUGUUCUAAGAAUUUUCCAAAGAAGUUUUUGGAAUCCACUUCCCUUGAUUCUGAUGGAUUUCCCGUUUAUAUGAGAAGAGAUUCUGGUCACACGGUUGUGAAGAAGGGUGUUACUUUGGACAAUAGGAGUGUAGUUCCAUACAACAAAAAGCUUCUUAAAAGGUACCAGGCGCACAUCAACGUGGAGUGGUGCAAUUGAUACGUGGUUGAAAACCGGUGCUUGUAAUUGUUUAACUUGAUGUUUUUACACAAGUUUUAGUUUCGAAUUGCCUACUCUUGAUUAGAUUUGUGUUUUGCAGGUUUAUUGGAGUUUAAGGAGCUUUUCGGGAGCUUUACGGGCCACCGGAGCGAAAACGGAAACACCGGGAAGCGACAUGGGUCAACCGGAAGCAAGGAAGGCGAAAAACAGAAAGACCAACAUCCAAGCACCGUCGCCGACGCCCAUAGGGGCCGUCGCCGACGGGCUACACAUAUGUCCGUCGCCUGAAAUUCACCGUAGACAGGGAGAUAGGCCGUCGGCCAGAAGUGGAGAAACAGGCACCGUCGCCGACGGGGCAUCAGGCCGUCGGCGACGGCUCCUCAAAUGUUGGAUCGCGAAUUUUGUUUGUUUGGGGGUUUGGAACGAAUCAAAAGGGGUUGUUGGCCAUCAAUUCGGGGGUUACACUCUAAUUUGAGUUUUGAACUUCAAGGGGGAGCCAUUAUCACCUAUCAUCUCAUCUCCAUUCCAUCUACCAUCAAUCCUACAACCCGAAUUCUCAUCCGAAUCCAAACCCUAGUUCAUCACCAUUCCAAUCAUUCUUCAACCUUCCACCCAUUCAAUUUCUCCACCACGAACCCUAACCAUUCCUUCACUUUCAAGCUCCACGAUGAUCCAAUUCAAGUUUACAACAUCCGGUGAUCAAGUUCCUUCGAUCAUGAGCGGCUAAUUCCUAGGAGGUUUCACCCCGGUGUAGGUUAAUUGUAAGUCUAGGGUUAAAACAUUGUUCUUGGAUUGAU